AUGACAACCGAACAGCAACAACAAAGAUACCCUUCUACUCCUACUACUGAUGCAGCAACAGCAGCUCAAUUCCAUCUGAUGCCAGCUCCACAAACAAACGAAAGCUUCUAUUUCAACCAAGAGCCAAUUUCGGCCGUAAUCUACGAGAAUGACCAUGGCAUACAACAACAAAUAAAAAUGGAAACAGCCUCCGUUCAUUUGACAGAUCAACGCUUGAUUUUGUUACUUCAAGAUCGUUUUCCGAGAAGUAGCAAUACGGCGACAACAUUGGUGUCAACUUUUCAGAUCGAUUUGGGUCACGUCGCUUCGCUCAAAUGCAGGUUAACGUUUCGGUGCGGUAUCCAGCUUAGUCUGUAUCUUGUCGAUAGUGCUACCCCCGUACGUAUACAGCUCGUGUUUGCCAAAAAGGAUCGGAAUCGUCGAGACGCUUUCAAGGAAUAUCUCAACAUGAUUAUGGCCGGAUUAACGUCCAGGAAACGGGUAUUGGCAAUGCAUCGGCAGCUGUCCUCGCAGCUAAUGCAUCAUCAUCACGGUGGAGAGCAGUUGCCGUCGUAUGAUCAAGCGCUUUCUGACACGACAAUCAUGGAUCAUCACCGUCAUCAUUCUGGCCCUACUACGACUAGCACAGCUAUUACAGGAAGCAACAAUAAUGACAACAGUUCCAGCAUUAUAGAUAUACUCCCUCCAGCUUAUUCGACUUAG